AUGGCCGAUACUCAAGCCCCUGUUAACGGCAAUUACCCUGUACCCCACGCCUAUCAUGACUCUUACAACCAUGCCCACGCUGUUGCCAACAAUGCCUCGAAUUUUCAGCCAGCGCAAUCUACCACUCCCACUAAUGUCCCUCCUAGUGAGCAGAAGAAUGCGAUCUCUAAGGACGAGGUUGGUUGGUAUUUUGUUGAGCAAUACUAUACCAAUAUGAGCCGUAGUCCGGACAAGUUGCAUCUUUUCUACUCUCGGCGCUCGCAGUUUGUCUUUGGAACUGAAGCAGAGUCGGUUCCCGUUGCUGUGGGCCAGAAGGCUAUCAAUGAGAAAAUAAAACAGCUUGACUUCCAAGAUUGCAAGGUCCGUGUUUUGAACGUCGAUUCUCAGGCUUCAUUUGACAACAUCUUGAUCUCAGUCAUCGGUGAGAUCUCCAAUAAGUCCGAGCCGUCUCGCAAGUUUACCCAGACUUUCGUUCUUGCUGAGCAACCUAAUGGAUACUAUGUUCUCAAUGAUAUCUUCAGAUACUUGGUUGACGAGGAGGAUAUUGUGAAUGAGGAGCCCGCUCUCGCUGCGCCUGCCGAGCCUGCCGAGCCUACCACAGAGCCAGCUGCGGAUGAACCCGCACAGCUUGAGACUGAGAGUGUCCCGACUGCGGAGCCCCAAGAUGCCAACGAAGUCACAGUUGCCGAGGUGGACGAGAAGCUUGAACAGGUGGAAGAAAAGGCCGAGGAAAAGCAACCGGAAGAACCUGCACCUCAGGCCAACGGAACCGAGGCCCAGAGCAGCGAGGAUGUUCAGGAACCUGUCGCCUUGCCUGAAUCUGAAGCUUCUAAGACGGAAAAGCCUGCGACUCCGGAGCCUACGCCUGCCCCGACGACCCAGAAAGAAAAUGCUGCUCCGGCCAAAGAGCCUGCUGUACCCGCCAGAGCUGUACCAAAGACCUGGGCCAACAUUGCCUCUAAGUCCGGUGCUACUGCUCCUGUUGUGCCUGCCAUCCCCGUUGCUCCUGUUAAGCCCGCUCCUGCUACCAGCUCCGCCCAGUCGGUUCCUGCCCCCCCUGCUGCGGCUGCCACACCUACUCCUGCUGCUGAGAGCACUCCUAUCCAGCCUCCCUCCAAUGAUGGAUCUGGCUGGCAAACUGCUGGUCACGACCAUAAGAAGACCCAGCCUCGUGCGGGUGAUGACCAGAACGUCAUGGCUUAUAUCAAGAACGUCACCGAUAAGGUCGAUGCAAACUUGCUCAAGCAGACUUUGUCCCGCUUUGGAAAACUCAAGCAUUUCGAUGUGAGCCGCCAGAAGAACUGUGCUUUUGUUGAGUUCGCUGACCCUGCCGGCUACACCGCUGCUGUUGCUGCCAAUCCGCACCAGAUUGGAACCGAGCAAAUCUCCGUAGAGGAACGCCGUUCUCGUACUAGCGCCUAUGGGGGAAAUACCAACUAUGGCGCUGGUCGGGGUGGCUCUGGCCGUGGUCGCGGUGACCGUACCGGCAGCCAGGGCCGUGGUGGCUUCCAGCGUGAUGGCCGUGGUGGCUUCGCUCCCCGUGGCCGUGGCGGCAGUGGCAAUGUCAAUGCUAAAGCCCGCAACCAGGCACAGACUGCUUAG